UCCAAUCAGGUGAAGAGCCUGAAGCUCAGGAAAGCAGCAGAUGAUAUGGCAGCUUUGAGAGCGACCAGGUGGAACUUGCUUUGUUAACACGGCGAAACGGUUGAUUAUGAAAACACUCUGACUCAGAGACGGCGACAGGGCAGCUGCGCGAGAUGAUUUACUUAAUAUUGUUUUCCGCGUUGUCGGGAGCAGUCCUUACGUUGAUGUUACAGUUCCUGCUGAUAUACCGGAGGAGCCCCGAGCCCGCAGGCAGGACAGUGCAGUAUGUGAAAGUAGUGCCUGAUAACGCAUUGAAGGAUUACUUUAAUACCCAACAUGAGCCAGGCCAGCAGCAGCAGCAGGACAGCACAGCAGCCGCUGCAGAGGGCCUCUCUACCAGGCAGCAGGACGCGGCGGUCCCCGGCCCCAAACAGUCGCCGCAGCCUCCGCAGAGCGAACACACUGAUGCGGCCAAAGCGGAAACCUGCAAUUUCCUCAAUGCUAUAUUUUUGUUCCUAUUCAGAGAGCUGCGAGACACGCCUGCCGUCAGACACUGGCUCACCAAAAAGAUCAAGGUGGAAUUUGAGGAGCUCCUGCAGACCAAGACGGCAGGCCGGCUCCUGGAGGGGCUGAGUCUCCGGGACAUCUCCCUGGGUAACUCUCUGCCGGUCUUUAAAACGGCCACACUGAUGAAGCCGGUGCAUAUGAACGAGGACGGCGUGCCCGAGGAGCUCAACUUUGAGGUGGACAUUGAAUACAACGGUGGCUUUCACCUGGCCAUCGACGUGGAGCUCGUGUUCGGCAAGUCCGCCUACCUGUUCGUGAAGAUGCGGCGCGUGGUGGGGAGGCUGAGGCUGCAGUUCACGCGCAUGCCCUUCUCCCAUUGGUCCUUCUCCUUCCUAGAGGACCCGCUGGUGGACUUUGAGGUGAAGUCCCAGUUUGAAGGGAGGCCGCUGCCUCAGCUGACCUCCAUCAUAGUCAACCAGCUGAAACGGGUCAUCAAGAAGAAACACACCUUACCCAACUACAAGAUCAGAUACAAGCCGUUCUUCCCGUUUCAAGUACAGCCUCCGCUGGGGUCGACUUGUGAUUUGGACCUGUCAGUCCAGGACAGCAAGCUGGUGGAAGGCCGACUCAAAGUCACUCUUACUGAAUGUAGCAGGCUGUUCAUCCUGGGCUCCUAUGACAGAGAAACCUAUGUUCACUGCACCCUGGAGCUGAGCAGCCACCAGUGGAAGGAGAAGACUCGCAGCUCCAUCAAACGAACGGAGGUUAUCAAGGGGCCAUGUGGCAGCGUGGGGAUGACGUUCAGACAUGUCCCUGCCAGCGAGGGGGAUGUAGUCCACGUCAGCAUAGAGACGGUCACGCCCAACUCCCCUGCAGCCUUAGCAGACCUGCAGAGGGGGGAUCGCCUCAUUGCCAUUGGAGGUGUCAAAGUGACAUCCUCGGUUCAAGUGCCCAAACUGUUAAAGCAGGCUGGAGAGAGGGUGGUGGUACUCUAUGAGAGACCGGUUCGUCACCAGACUCCCUCCUUGGGAACUCUGGGAACUCUUCAGGAGGGAUUUGGGCAGUUAGAGGAAACAGGUUUUAUUUCCCAGCCCGGGGGAUAUGAAGAAGACCCAGCCCCCAUUACCACCCUAUCUGACAUAUCCGACAGCAAAGACAUGGACUCUGAGUUUGAAGAAUUGAUUGUGGACUCCAAACCCAACCAGACUGGUAGCCCUAACAGCAGUACCACAAAUACCAGUGACACUAAGGAGGAUUUCUUACUUACAGUGAACCAAAGCCCCAAAAGGACUGUGGCCAACUUGGCCUCUAAGCCCCUUGGUACCAUAUCACCAAUUCUCAAUCGCAAGUUAAACCUGGUGGGUCUCCAGUCUCCACUAAAGCCCCAGCCCAAAGAAUCACCAAAGCCCUCACCACAUAAGACCAGUAGUGAUCCAGGGGAGGGUCUGCAACGCCCCACUGUUCCUCCCCCACCUCCUCCUUCUCGUCCCCCAGUGCCACCAAGACCUCAGAUAAGGUUAACAUCAGCCUCCUCAGAAACAAGUCUUUUGGAAGGCGUUGAUUCUGUUACAACUGGUAAUGUUACUGUUGCACCUACCGUGACUACAACCACAAGCGCUGGGGAAAAAUCUCCAGAAAAAGCUCCUCUCACUGGAGCCAGUGAGGACAAGGCUGGUGCUGAGAAGAUAUGUGUCAAACAGGCAGAGGCAAAGCAGUCCACCAGGCCAACAGAGUCCAGUGAUGAGCUGCUAGUUCCUUCCACAUUGACCAGCAGCAGCAAAGCAGACCAGGCAAAGGACAAAGUUUCAGAGAGCUCCUGUAGCACACGGGACAGUCUAGAAGACCACUCCCUCUGGGAAUCCCCAGAGACCAUGUUUCGUAACCAGACAGCACGCUGGCCCAAGGCCUCUGUGGUGUUUGAGGUGGAGAGCAACCAUAAGUACCUUAAUGUGGCCCUUUGGUGCAAAGAUCCCUUUAAGUUGGGCAGUUUGUUGUGCCUGGGUCAUAUCAGCCUCCAGCUGGAGCAUGUAGCCCUGGAAUGUAUGGCCACAUCUUCAGCAGACUACCAGAGCACCUUUAGGCUGGGCCCUCCAGAGCCCAGAGCUAAUGUCAGCCGCACUGCACUACGCAGCCUCAGCACCCACAAGGGCUUUAAUGAGAAGCUGUGUUACGGAGAUGUUACUCUGAACUUUUGUUACUUAGCUGAGGGUGAAUUAGAGUAUCCAGGAGGACUGGCAGAGAGGGAGCGGGAGGGGAGUCUCCAUGAUGAGGAUCUAAGGGAGAGGGAGAGGGAACACAUCCCCUCAGCACCGCGGGAUGACUUGGUCUACAACCCCAUGCAGCUUGUGGAGGUUCGCCACAACUUCCAGGACACCCAGUUCCAGAACCCCACCUGGUGUGAAUACUGCAAGAAGAAAGUUUGGACCAAGGCAGCUUCUCAGUGUAUGGUCUGCACCUACGUUUGCCACAAGAAGUGCCAGGACAAGUGCCUCGCUGAAAAUCCUUUCUGUGUGGCUGCAACAGAGCGUCGUGGAGCUGACCCUGAAGCCAAAUCUACCAUAAAUCGGGCCACCACUGGCCUAACACGCCACAUCAUCAACACCAGCUCCCGCCUGCUUAACCUCCGCCAGGUGCCCAAGACUCGGCUUGUUGAGCAGGUGGCUGAUGUGGUGCCUGGAACAGUGGAGCCUUCGCCUAAGCAUACCCCCAACACUUCAGAUAAUGAGAGCAGUGAUACUGAGACCUACACCAGUGGUGCCAGCCCCUCAAAGCAACCCGCUGGCAGUGGUGGCAGCAGUAAACUUGUACGUAAGGAAGGUGGUUUGGAUGACAGUGUCUUCAUUGCUGUGAAGGAGAUAGGCCGUGACUUGUACCGGGGGCUACCCACAGAUGAGCGCUCUCAGAAGCUGGAGCUGAUGCUGGACAAGCUUCAGCAGGAAAUUGACCAGGAGCUGGAGCACAAUAAUGCCCUUCUGCUGGAGGAAAGGGAGGCCACAGAUGUCCGGCGCAAGGCUCUAAUUAGUACUGCCCUGGCUAAGUCUGGGGAGAGACUCCAGGCCCUCACCCUGCUAAUGAUCCACUACCGGGCAGGCAUUGAGGACCUGGAGUCAGUGGAGAGCACCUCUCCUUCAGAGCAGCAAGGCUUUAAGGGCAAAGGAGAAGGCCUAGAAGAAGAGGCCCUGUUGGGGACAGAGGUCUAUGAUAGUGACAUAUGCAGCCCUGUGGAGGUGCAACUGUUGGAUGACAUUACUGAGGAGCAGAUCUGUGUGGAAGCACUCCACUAGAUGAGAAUAGAAAAGAGAAAGACGAGGAACAUGUGCUUUGGGCUUGUGCCUCCCAGCAAAAUUAUGCCCAGUUUGUUUUUUGAGAUUGGGGAAUUUCUAUGGUCCAUUUGAAAUACUGGGAAUGUUGGGGUCUAGUGUUUGAUCCACAUGUUUCUUUUUAUUUUUACAUGAAAAAGAAAGGAUGGGUGAAGGAAUUUCAUCAUUUCAGGACACAUGGUAAACCUGUUAUUAACGUUUUGAUUUGCACAAUGUGAUGACGUUUCCAUGCUUUAGGUUUUUAAAGGGAAAAAGCUACACUAUCAUCUGCCCUCAGUAGUGCUGCACAUAUAUCCUCCUUGUUUUGUUUUUCUAUGUACCAUAUGUCAUUGUAAGCAUUUAAUCCACUUUGCUUUCUUGUCAGUAACUGCCUUGACUUAAGGACAUAAGAAAAUGCACCCAUUUCUGUGGUCUACUAGUCUGAAUCAUGUUAAAUUUGUUCAAUAAUUGUUUGCUGCGAGUAACAAGCCCAUGUAAAGGUGACAUACUUGAGUCUAAACCAGUGUGAAUACUACUAGGGAAAAGCAGGUUUAGACAUCCACGUCAGUGGAGCGUGUAAUUUGUCUAAGUACCCUGCAAACAGUCAUACGUAUCCUUUGUUUUCAGCACUUUUUACAUCUUGGAAAAGAUUUUCCCCGCUCACAAAGCUCUGUGGGAUUUCAGAAGCUGCAUAAUUAUUAGUGGAAUGGAUAAUCUUAUAUAUAAUUUGCCUCUUUCCUUUGGUUAUUUUGUUUGUAUUGGUUAGGCCAAAACAUGUUUUACUGUGUAACCCAUAUAUUUUAUUCUUGGGAAGGUGUAAUUAUUGUAAUUGAAUCAAAAUGAUUUUUUUUUUUUUGUCUUGCCAAGUCACUUUUUGUUCAGAACGCUUCCAACUUUAAAACUCAACUAUGGCACAUUGCUAACUGAUAAACUUGCAUAGAUGCAAUGUGAGAAAGGCUUUUGACUUUUUUGAUUUAUCUCUGAAUGAAUGUUACCCAUAUUAGGAGCUCUCAUGAUGUUUCAAUUUUUACAUUUAUUUAAUUGGUUUAAUGUGUGUGUGUGUGUGUGUGUGUGUGUGUGUGUGUGUGUGUGUGUGUGUGUGUGUGUGUGUAUUGGUGUGUUAAGAUGACUACCAUGCUUCAAAAAGUUAUGAUGUGAUUUAGUGCAGAUUGUUUGCCUUCAUGAGUUGUUUUCAUGCCCAAAUGAAUGUAUGUUCAGCCCUUUCUGUGUUUUGUGUAUAUACAGCCCUUUGGCACUGCCUCCCCCCAUCCCACUGCAAAACAUCAAGCAUUAAUGUAGCCUGUCACAGUGAUUCCAUCAUAACCAGCUACAGCUCCCAAAAUGCUAUGCUUAUCUUUUACACCCUUAGACAGCCACUGGAAAGAACUAUAUGUGAAGAGGGAAUAUCUUAUUCUUACAUGUUAAAAAGAAAAACUUACCCCAAAAUACUGUAAAAUCUCUAAAUCUGUUUUGGUGGUGACGUUUUUUUCUUUGUUUACUCCCGUGGUUAUCUUGCCAAUCAGGGUCAUGUCACAUAAUUCCAGCACAAAUACAAUUGAGUUUGACAGUGGAUACUCUGUGACGUUGAGUUUGAUAGCUUUCUAAAAAUAGCAGUGGUCAGCAGGUUUUGGUAUCAGUCAGUCAAAUUUGUGACGUUCAACAAGCACACAGGGAGAAUUACAUUAAAGGACUCAAAUGUAGAUUGAAAGAAAGUGGGGGCGUCCAGACUGAAAAUAGCCUAUGAUAUGAUAUAUUUUUCCAGGAAGUCCAGUUGGUGUAAUAGAAUAUUAUAAACUGCUGUGCAGUUUAUAAUAUUACAAAGAAGGGUUUUAAAACAGCUUAUCACGGUGGCAAUCAUUUUAUUCUUCAUCCUUAUGAUCGAGAAGUAAACUGUAGAAAUGUAGUGUUCCCAUUACAAAGAAAUCUACUAGAAAUGUGUGCUUGUAAGUAUUUGAUUGGCCACCGCAGCACCUUGCCAGAUGACAAAGCAUUGUUUUGUGAAAAAAGUAUUGAGCCAGUUUUAACUUUUUUGCUGGAGCCCUCAGUCUUUGCACCCUAUGCUGCGUAAAUGUUGUGGCCUCAUUCAAAUGAAUGAGGGGGCUGUGUUUCUUCACACAGGGCUGAAGUCCUUCUGAAUGGGUAUACUUCAAACCGAGUGCUUGUUGGAUUGUCUAACAGCAGCUGAAACCCUUUUUCUGACAGUGGACUCUGGGGCUUGCAUCUGCCAAUUUUUGUAACUUUCCCUGACAAUCCGAUACAGUGAUUGGCCCAGUGUGCAGAGGUGCAAAACUUGAAUACUGUACUUCUGUCACUUUUCAUGUGGACAACACAUUGCAACACCAUGAAUGCUUUUGAGGAGAAACUGUUUGCGUUGAGAGCUACAAAGAUGCAAAGUUCUUGAAGAGAGGUCAGCGAGGCAGUGGGACACAGCCCUUUGUGUUUGGUCAGUCAAAACAGCUAUAAAAACAUUUACCUUUUAAAGAUGGUUUCAGACAUUGCACACAGUAGUUCAUUUGAAGCAUACUGAGGCCUUUAAAAUGAAAUAAAACGCUAAGUACAUCAACACUCACAAUAGAAUCAGAAUCUGUUUAUUAGCUAAGUAUGCAAGCAUACAAAGAAUUUGUCUUGUCUUGGUCAAUAGGCCUUAGAGCUACCCUGCCUCUUCUCAAGAAACAUUAAAGCUCUCUCAAACGCUGUUUGUUAGCUAGUUGCAACAGUUAUAGGAACACAGCACAGGCAGAUCGUGUGGGUAUGACGAACUGAUGACCUCGCUUACUGACCACCAACUUCAAAUCUCUCCUCUGUCUCCUGUGAGAGGGAGUGCUGAGGUAAGAUGCAUCAAGUUCAUGGUAAUCCCAAAAUAUUCUAUAAUGUUGUAUAAUUGUUUUUGGGUUUUUUUGCAGUAUCAUAUUGUUUCCUUGCAGCCCAGUAAACAAUGUUUUAUGUCCCAGUGCCAGUCCAUGGCCUCGGGGUUGGGAACCACUUCUUUAGGGCAAGGAUUAAGAUUUACUUGACAACUUUAUAUGGCCUUGUGUACAAGUACAAAAACCAAGCAAAAAUAACAAGACAUCACCCAAAAAGUGCUAUGAGCAUUUAAAUUUUUCCUUUAAUGUAGCUGAACUCCAAAAGGACUCCAGAAGAUCCAAACUAAUGGGACAUGUAAUGAGCCAGACUCAGUGGAAGCAAAGGCACAAUUCCUAUUCUUUUCUGUGUAAUAGAUAUGUUGUUCAUGCAGAUAUUGGCUUACUGGCUGCUAUACUUGUCAACCUUUCUCAGUCACUGUAUAUCCAGAUUUUUGUGCAAUAUUUUUGUAGGAAAAUGAAGUUGAUAAUCAAGAGCGAAUCCCUGUGUCUGUGAUUUCUCUUAUUUUCUCUCGAAAAAUGUGUAGCCUGUGCACCCAUCUGUCUGGUAAUGUACCCUGAAGUUUCAAGGAGAACCUAUACGGAGUUCACACUGUAAACUCCCCUUUUUGGCCUGAGAAGCACUGCUUUUGCUGCUGCUGUUGUUACAAUGUGCUCUUCCACAGAACUCAUACUCAUACACGCUUCUGCAUCCCCCCACCGCCCCAAUCUUUGAAACUGCACUUACAAAAUGGCUGUCCAUCAUGGCUUUCAGCAGGUCAAGACGGUGUUUGUUUCUUUUUGUGUAUGUUAGGGAUGUUGUACACAGUUUUCGAGAAGACUCAUGUGAUGAAGCUUUAUUGUACAUAACCUAAAUAAACAAGCUCAAAUGAA